AGAGAGUGAUUGAUUUCAUUACGUGCUGGCCAGUGCUGUAAGGGAAGAGCUCAUUCAAUCCCACAAUUCUCUUUUCGCUUUCAAAACAAAAACCCUUUUCUUUCCCCGCUUCUUGUUUCUCUUUCGUCAUAGCAGUUGAUAGUUUAGAUUGAUAUAACUCUUUAAAGCUUUGGGAAGUUCACCUUUUUUCUUUUCUUUGUAUCAAGCAUGGAAGAUCGUAAGGAGAAAAAUGCUCCAUGGCUAUCAGUGCCACAAUUUGGGGACUGGGAGCAGAAGGGACAGGUGCCUGAUUACUCUCUCGAUUUCUCAAAAAUCAGGGAAAUGAGGAAGCAGAACAAGAGGGAAGUUUCAAGAGCCAGUCUUGGAAAUGAAGAAGAGUUCAUUAACCCGACUGCAACCAGUGUUAGCACUGCCCCUAGCGAUGAUCACCACCAUUAUCCCCAGAACCAUCACUCUCCAACUACAAGGAGGAGUAUCUUCAGCUACUUCAACUGUUGCGUCAAGGCCUGAGGUUCACGGACUUGUGAUGACCGUGUAUCUAGAGAGCACUCUCUCUUUCCCUUUGUAUGUUUUUGUGUUCCCAUCAUAUUUAUUCUCCUGCUUCUCUUCAUCACCCCCUUCGUUUUCUCACAUAGGAAAGAUGCUAUUCUUAUUGAAUAGGUGAUGAUUUAUGUUUUAUCUCCCGCAUCCUCUUUUAUUGGGUGCUACCUUAUAUAACAAGAACUGAUGUAAUUUGAAUGAAAGCUAAUGGAGAAGUUAAAAGGGGGAA